CCACUAUUAACCAUCUCCAAUGGCCCUUGUUUUCCAUCUCUCUCUGUCAUUUUCAUUCUUCCUGUUCCUCCCCUUUCCUUCCCUCAGAGUCUCUCUCCCCUCUCAUAACAUUAGCUCUUCAUUGUUAUGGCUCCUUCUUCAGAUGUCAAUCAUCUUUCUCAUCCAUGUAUAUAUGGGGAUUUUAUUUCUUCACACUCAGAGAGAAAGUCUGGUUUCAUGAAAUGGCUUAGUAGGCUUUUCAAAGGUGGGUCCAAUAGAACAAGGGGUGGUCGUCAUAUGCAUGAACCAGCUGAGGAAAACAUGGUUCGGCGCGCUCCAUCUAGAGCGUUGGAUGAUCGUGCUAGAGCUCAGAAGGAGAAAGAGGAUCUUGGCCAUGCAAUGGCACUUUCUUCAGCCGAAGAUUUAAAGAGACCAAAUGACCAUCAAGGGUAUGGUUGGGGGGCAGACAUUGAUGAAGAUUAUGCACCAUAUGCUCCUGUGCCAUAUUAUCCCAACGAAUAUAGAAAAAUAUGUGGCAGCUGCAACCAGGAGAUAAUCUACGGAAAUUGUUUGAGCUGCAUGAAUACUUAUUUUCAUCCAGAGUGCUUUCGCUGUCACUCUUGUCGUUACCCCAUUUCUGAGCGUGAGUUUUCUUUGUCAGGGACGCAUCCAUAUCACAAGUCCUGUUUUAAAGAGUUAACCCACCCAAAAUGUGAAGUUUGCUACCAAUUCAUUCCUGUAAAUGCUGCUGGUUUGAUUGAGUAUAGGUGCCACCCCUUUUGGUCCCAAAAGUACUGUCCAUCUCAUGAAUAUGAUAAUACAGCUCGCUGUUGUAGUUGUGAAAGAUUGGAGCCUCGGAAUAUAAAAUACUAUAGACUGGAAGAUGGACGGAGUUUGUGCUUAGAAUGCAUGGAAUCUGCUAUAAUGGAUACUGGUGAUUGUCAGCCUCUUUACCAUUCUAUCAGAGAUUACUAUGAAGGAAUGCAAAUGAGAAUAGAUCAACAAGUUCCAAUGCUUCUGGUUGAGAGAGAAGCACUUAAUGAAGCUAUUGUCGGGGAGAAGAAUGGUAUUCAUCACUUACCAGAAACAAGAGGAUUAUGCCUUUCAGAAGAGCAGACAGUCACCAGUAUACAAAAAAGUUCAAGAAUUGGAGGCCAUCGACUAAUAGGGAUGAGAACUCAACCUCAAAAGCUGACUAGAAAAUGUGAAGUUACAGCAAUUCUUGUUCUGUAUGGUCUUCCGAGGUUACUCACAGGUGCUAUACUUGCCCAUGAAUUGAUGCAUGCCUGGUUACGCCUUAAAGGUUACCGCAACCUUAAUCCUGAAGUAGAGGAAGGCAUUUGCCAGGUUCUUUCAUAUAUGUGGCUUGAGUCAGAGGUAAUGCCAAGCUUUCAGAGCAUGGCAUCAACAUCUACAGCUUCUUCUUCCUCCACCUCCUCCUCCAAGAAAGGUGUAAGGUCUCAAGCUGAAAAUAAAUUGGGUGAAUUUUUCAAGAAUCAGAUUGCCCAUGAUUCUUCUCCAGCUUAUGGCGGUGGCUUUAGAGCUGCUAAUGAAGCUGUUAACAAAUAUGGUUUGCGUCGUACCCUUGACCACAUUCGUUUGACUGGUUUUUUCCCCGAGUGAUAAGAGUUCUUUAAGUACGGAUUGCAAUGCUAGGUUUUUUUUAUUUUUUGUUUCUCCAAGUGGAUAUCGAUUCAAACUCAAGACAGAAGCUCUCGGACAGCUUCUCCUGCUAUUUGGGUCCUGUAAGGAUGUCCAGGUCCAACUUGACUA